AUGUCUGAGCAGAUGCCCCUUCAGUCAUGUAUAACCCACCGGGUGGCUUUAACUGGACAGCUCGUUCGCCCCGGUGUUAAACAGUGGCAGCAGGGUCGACAGCGCGGGCAGUUUGAACCGGAGCGGGAAUGUCCUGGGUGUGCCCAGAGCAUACUUUCGGACUAUGUUGCAGGUUUUAUACCAUCACCUGUGCGAAAACAUGCCCUCCUCGAAUCCAGCCGAUCGAUUCAUCAACUGCCUGGAUCCGUCGUAUCCGCUAUGAUAAUCGAUCUACGACGUGACCCCCACCACUUCUACAGCCACGUACGGGCUGCAUACCAGAGAAUAAGCACCGCCGAUCCUCGCCAAACCAUUCCCCAGAAGGAGUAUCGCGGCCCUAACCUAUCCAUGCAACGAUCUUCUACCACUACCACCGCAUUAUGUGUUGCUGGCAAACUCUAUCUAUCGGAUGAUAGAGACUUUCGACAUCCACUGCGCGCAUCUGUCGAAUGGCACACCUUCGUCGAUGGAGCAGAGGUCUCGAGAAGAGGAGGGAAAACCAUCUCGGCCAUCUUCCUCAUCACUGUUGAAACGAAACCGGGUUUCGAGGCCGCGCUAGUAUGCCACCAGAAGUAA